AGAGGAUCACACUCCAGGACCAGGGCAGAUACAAGUGUUACACCAGCACUAUUAAAGGCAACAUGGAGUCCUUCAUUAACAUAUCAGUGGAAGCUCCAAUCCGCUUGGUGGACAUACAGUUAUCAGAUGACAUCAUCACCUGCAGGUCUACAGGUAUCUACCCUGAGCUUAAACUCACCUGGUCCACUGACCCCCCCUCUGACCUUUCAUUUGACCCUGGAACCAUCCAGAACUCCACCAGCAUCAAGUUGGAUGACCAGGGACUCUAUGACAUCACCAGCACAAAACAGUUUAGCAGAGACCGAACCAACAUCUGUACCGUGACCUCUGGGACAAUAGAAAGGACAGCAACCCUGAAACAGCAAGAUCCGGUCCAAGGAUCUCCAAGCAGUGAGGUGUCCAUCCCCUGCAGUGUCUCUCAGUCUGACCUCCUGACCUUUGACCUCACCUGGACGUUCAACCAGAUAGUCACCAUCCUUACCUCCACCUCCACCAAUGGUACAGCUCAGAUGUAUGUUGUUGACAAGUGGAAGGAGCAGGUUCAGAAUUUGUCUGACUCUGGCAGCCUUCAGCUCCACAAGUUAACCAUGGUCCACCAGGGGACCUACAGCUGUGAACUCUCUACUGCCAGAGACACACACCUGAUCCUCACCUACCUGCAGAUCACACCUGAUAAACUAUCUGAUGUUUCAGAUGGACUGAGUCCAGGUUCAAUCACUGGUAUAAUAAUAGCAGCAGUGAUUAUAGCAGCAGUGAUAUGUUACCUGCUGAGAGGUUUUCUGGCCAAAUACAAAAGUAACAUGGGCAUCUGAAGAGGGAGAGUCACUCUCUGCUACAGCAAAUACAAAUGGUCCAAAUGAAAACAGUCAGAGUGGAAAACCACUUCAGAAUGGAGAAGAAAGAGUGGAAGACAUAGAAAGACAACAAGAAUAAGGUAAAGGAGAAGGGGGUUCAUCCACAGCAGACAUAGUUAUGCCUUCAAUCAACAUGUAGAAAACUUUCCAUAAAAAACACAAAACAUUAGUAACGUUCAAAGACUACAACUGCACCUCCCUCAACCGCAGGGCUCUCCAGGACACCUACAGCACCCGAUAUCAGAGUAAGGCCAAGAAGAUCCGCAAGAGUGUCAUCAAAGCUCGGACUGAGAGAUUGAAAAACAGCUUCUAUCUCAAGGCAAUCAGACUGUUAAAUAGCUAAUCGGGCUAAUCGUCCCGCUAGCGGGCUAAUGGGCUAAUCGUCCCGCUAGCGGGAACAUUCCUGGUGAAACUGGAGGGAGCGCAAUUUCAAAUAAAUGAUCAUAAAAAGUAUGGAUACUAAACAUUUAUGUACAUACACAAUUGUCUUCUAUUGGUUGAAAGCUUAAGUUCUUGUUAAUCUAACUACACUGUCCAAUUUACAGUAGCCAUUACAGCGAUAGCAUGCCAUGCGAUUGUUUGAGGACGGCGCCCAACAUCAAAAUGUUUUUCCACUGGCACAGGUUUCAUAAAUUCACAAAUAGCGGAUAAAAAUUCACUUACUUUUUGAAAAUCUUCCUCUGAUUUGUCAUCCAAAGGGUCCCAGCUAUAACAUAUAGUGUCGUUUUGUUAGAUAAAAUCCCAAAAAUCAGUUUAGAUUGCGUCAUCAAUUUGAGCAAUCCACUCGUUCAACAGCAGAGAAAGGAAUCCAAAAAUCUACCGCUAAACUUUGUUAAAACAAGUCAAAAUACAUUUCUAUUGACUCCUCAGAUAUCCCAAAAUGUAAUCAAACUCUAAUAUUUCAUACGGGAAGAAGUAUGUUCAAUAGGAAAGCGAUAUUAGCAGGUGCGUCUCCUCUUCAUCGCGUGCCCAUACACGAAAUUCCAAGACUGUGUCCCUGUAGUAAAACUCAUUAUUCUUACUCGUUUUGGAAGAAACAAGCCUGAAACCUUGAACAUUGAGUGCUGACACCCAGUGGAAGCCAUAGGCAUUGCAAAAUUCUGGUUGGUUUUUCUUUGGAUUUUCUCCUACCAUAUCUAUUGUGUUAUAGUCUCCUACAUUAUUUUAACAUUUCUACAAACUUCAAAGUGUUUCCUUUCCAAUGGUACCAAUUAUAUGCAUAUCCUGGCUUCAGGGCCUGAGCAACAGGCAGUCUACUUUGGGCACGUCAAUCAGGCGGAAAUUGAGAAAAAAUGCCCCUAGCCUGAAGAAGUUUUUGAUUCCAUUCUUCUACUUUAAAUGUGUGUGUACUGUUGUGAAUUGUUAGAUACUACUGCACUGUUGGAACUAGGAACACAAGCAUUACGCUACACCCAAAUGUAUAUCUGCUAAAUAUGUGUAUGUGACCAAUAACAUUUAAUUUGAUUUGAACAACAUUCAAAGAAUGUUAUUUAAAAACAUAUACAUUCCGUUCUCAGCAUCAACAAAACUCUGUAUAUCCUCUAUCUUGUUAAGUGGCCACUCCUGAUCUUAAUUAGUGUUUGUUUCUUUUGAAAUAGGGUCUGUUUGAAUAGACUAAAAUGAACAGCUUUGUAUGAGUUUAGAUACAAACAUGGCAAGAUAGCUCCAUCCUGGUGGCUCAGUGGACAAAUUCCAUGGAUAGAGACCAGAAGAUCAUAUGUUUGAAUCACACUGACACCAUGCCACAAUAAAAAAAUGAUGUGUUUGCAAAUUAAUUUCCAUAUGUACUUAGAGUUCACACUGACCACAGAUACAAGUACAUCUCUUUUUCUAUAAACACAACAGUGUGUCAGUUAUACAUAUUUAAUAAAAGCACAUAAUUAAAUAUGUACAUAUGUCAGAAACAAUCAAGCAAGCACGCACACACAACCUAGGGAAAUUUCAAAGUAAGAACAGUCUAGCUAGCUAACUGAAUGUCUCACAUACUGAACCCAGGCAGAGAGAAUAGAGCAUGGGUAUGUGUUAAAACGUGAUGAGCUGUCCCUGUGUCCUGUGUUUAUGUCCUUUUAAGGACAUCCUGUCCGGAUGUCCUCAUGCUAUUUAGAGUGUGCUUAUGUAACGCUUGAUAGUGCAGCUGUUUCUUCGAAGUAAAGCAAAUGUUUGCAAUAAAAAGUAAUGGCCUGAUGA